CUCUUUCCUCAGAUCAAUGCCCUGGCCACUCACUUUCUGAUGUUGCAGGACGGGAAAUGCUUUGAAUUCUUGUGACAUGGCCGCUUGCAUUGAUUGCCAAGAUUGACAGCAGUAACCAUCGUCUUCUCUCGCGUCUGUUUUAGAGUAGAGAGGAAAAACGCGAUAAAUAUACUUACAUCUAAUCUCUUCUCAGCAGUUUUGACAGUUCAACUUCAUAUAGCCAAAGCGGGAUUCCCUCUACGGUCAGUGGAAGCGAUACACUUUAGCAUUUUUUUUCUUCUUCUUUUUUCUUUGCUCUACAACAGAUCAGUGUUCAUCAUUUCUAACCUAUUCCAAAACAAAAACGGGAUACAGCGAAGACGAGUGUUUGUGAUUGGUACCCUGCUCACAUCAAGGACUUUCUGCCCGUGGAUUUGUGCAGGACCUUGUGGCUUUGUGAGAGUAAAGAGCAUUUCCUAACUGGAUCCGGCAAGCAGAUAUAUAGACUACGGACAGAUCGCAGACGAACGCUUAUGUUGCCACUCCCAUUUGUACAGCCAGAGUUACUUCAUCACGGCAGUCAUUGGAGAGUCAAGAGGAGAGAGAACACAGGGCUCAACAUGUCAUUUUCAUGAAUUCAAAAUCAACUCACCAGUGAUCUUUGGGAGCUGGGGAUCAAGUCUUUCUGUUUACAACCCAAAUGCUGAACAUGGAGGGCUUUCUGCGUAGCAGCUUUUUACUGAGAUAGGAGGAAAACCACAGGAGGGCCAUACCCUGGAUGCCAACCAUACACUCCAGACGAUUGAGAAGAAUAUUAUGGUCGAUAGUGUCGAACGUGGCACUGAGAUCUAAUAAAACUAAGACGACAGCAGAAUCAUGUUUUCCAAGCAAACCACCUCACCAUUUGCCUUGACCCCUGACGGAGGCGAGGAUGGAGUGAAUCAGGAGCGCAUAUGCUGGGAAAAGGAGGAGAACCUGGAGCCGCUGGCCGCCCCUCAGCUGCCCCUACACAAUCUGCUCCACAACAAACCUUCUCUGGAGGAGCUUCAGCCAAUCAGCAGCAGUGUGCCGCCUGAAUCUGACUGGGACAGCCUGAUUUCGGCCCAGCAGCGCAUGGAAUCGGACAGCAAUAAAGUGUGUUCCUUAUACUCCUUCCGGAAUAACUCUACCUCUCCGCACAAGCCAGAGGAGGGGGCCAGGGAGCGCGGUGACCUGCUGAGCAGCUCAGCCUUCGGAACACCAGAGCGCCGCAAAGGAAGCCUGGCCGAUGUGGUGGACACACUGAAACAGAAGAAACUGGAAGAGAUGACAAAGACAGAGCAAGACGAAUCCUCCUGCAUGGAGAAACUCCUUUCUAAAGACUGGAAAGAGAAGAUGGAGCGACUCAACACAGGGGAACUGUUAGGAGAAAUCAAAGGUACUCCAGAGAGUCUUGCAGAAAAGGAGCACCAGCUCUCCACCAUGAUCACCCAGCUCAUCAGCCUAAGAGAGCAGCUCCUCACCGCCCAUGAUGAACAGAAGAAACUGGCCGCCUCGCAGAUGGAGAAACAGCGUCAACAAAUGGAACUGGCACGCCAACAACAAGAGCAGAUUGCCAGACAACAGCAGCAACUUCUGCAGCAACAGCACAAAAUCAAUCUCCUUCAACAGCAGAUCCAGUCCCAUGUUAAUCGUGACAACCAAGAACAUGUAAACGUCCAGGGUCACAUGCCUCCGCUCAUGAUCCCCAUUUUUCCACACGACCAGCGCACUCUGGCAGCAGCCGCGGCAGCCCAGCAGGGCUUCCUCUUUCCCCCAGGCAUGUCCUAUAAGCCAGGUGAUAACUACCCAGUGCAGUUCAUUCCAUCCACAAUGGCAGCUGCUGCUGCUUCAGGACUUAACCCUCUCCAGCUCCAGCAACUCUACGCUGCCCAGCUGGCCAGCAUGCAGGUCUCUCCAGGAGCCAAGAUGCCUCUGCUGCACCAGCCCCCCAAUUCUGGUGGGUCCAUCUCCCCGUCUGGCUUGAAAAACGAGAAGAGGGCCUCUACCCCACUCACUCAAGUGAAGGAGGAGGGAACACAGCCUCUCAACCUCUCUGCCCGACCCAAGACAGCUGAGCCGGUCAAAUCCCCCACAUCCCCCACACAGAGCCUCUUCCCCGGCAGCAAGAGCAGCCCGAACCACCUUUCCAAGAGCAGAGGUAUCCCCAGCCCAAUUGGAGGAAUGGGCCGCGGCUCGUCUUUAGAUAUCCUGUCCAGCCUGAGCUCAACAACACUGUUUGGAGAUCAGGAUGCUGUGAUGAAGGCCAUCCAGGAAGCCAGGAAGAUGAGGGAGCAGAUUCAGAAAGAGCAGCUACAGCAUCAUCAGCAGGGCAUUGAGGCCAAACUGUGUGCCCUCACCGGCAUGGGCCUCAACAACUGCAGGGCUGAUAAGGAGAGGUCUCAUUAUGACAACCUGAGCCAUCACCUGGGUAAACUAGGCGAGGAUGGAAAGAUCGGUCACAGAGUCAUCGACCUCACCAGGCCAGAGGAUUUCGAGGGAGGCGCCAGCAAUACCGAAGCACGGGUCUACAGGGAACCUCGGGGAAGGAACAGCAACGAACCUCACAUUAAACGGCCCAUGAACGCCUUCAUGGUCUGGGCCAAAGAUGAGCGCCGCAAAAUCCUCCAGGCCUUCCCAGACAUGCACAACUCCAACAUCAGCAAAAUCUUGGGAUCUCGCUGGAAGUCCAUGACAAAUCAGGAGAAACAGCCGUACUAUGAGGAGCAGGCACGGCUCAGCAAAAUCCACCUGGAGAAAUACCCCAACUACAAGUACAAGCCUCGGCCUAAGCGCACCUGCAUCAUCGAUGGCAAGAAGCUGCGCAUCGGCGAGUACAAGCAGAUGAUGAGGUCGAGGAGGCAGGAGAUGAGGCAGUUCUUCACUGUGGGGCAGCAGCCACAGACACAGAUUCCCAUCACCACCAGCGCAGGUGUCGUCUACCCUGGUGCCAUAACCAUGGCGACCACCACACCCUCCCCUCACAUGACAUCAGACUGCUCCAGUGCAUCAGCCAGCCCCGAGCCCACCAUCCCUGUCAUUCAGAGCACCUUCAACAUGAAGAUGGAGUCCGGCAGCCUGGUUCCCAACAACCCAGUGAAUGGAGAGGAUGAGAUGGACAUGUACGAGGACUUUGAGGAUGAGCCCAAAUCGGACUACAGCAGUGAGAAUGACACACACGAGCAUGUCAGUGCCAACUGAGGCAGUGAAGAAUAUCCUUUUAUUAGAGGGAAUACUGAAGAAGACGGAAAAGAAAAAUUAUUAAAUCCAAAAUAGAAAAACUUGUUUCUGAUGAUAUACCUUUUGGGAGCCAGCAUGCAGAUGUGGCUCCUGCAGAUUUAACAGCUAUUGUUUAAUUUUGGGGGUUUUAUUUUUAUUUUAUUGAUUUUUUUUUUCUUGUGUUUUGAUCAUGAACAAUUUUAGGGUAUUUCCUACAACAUUCUGGAUAAUAGGACUUAACGAUUUAAACAUUUCAUAUGAAUGCAUAACUCAGUCUUACUUCAUUUCAUAUAAAUUUACACAUGUACAGUACAUGUACUUUUUUUUUUUUGAAGCGUACAUUACUGUUUUUGAUGGGGUUCUAUAUCUCACUCAGGUAUGCUGUACCAGCCAACAGCUUGUGAAUGUUUUUAAUCAGAACUAUUUAAACUGAAAAAGACAACAAAACUUCAUUUGACAUUUCAUAAUGCGAAAAAAUUGACAAGUCCUUACAUUUUCUGAACCAUAGAGGGAAGGCCUAAAACUCCCCAUUAUUCUUAUUAUUUUGAUUAAUGUUGUUGUUUUAAAAUGUCCAGAUGUGCCAAACAUAUCAUAAGCUUCCUGCUCUUAAAUCUUAAAAUGUAAAGUCUUAAGGGAGACACCGCACGAGUCUCAGACAAUCCUUACAAUAUCACAGAACUUAAAAAGCCCACACUUUUCACCUCUCCACUGUAUACCAUGUUAAAAUGCUCAGGAACUAAGAGUGUCAUAGUUCUCUGGGAGGUUGAAUGCAGUGAUUGCCCAAACAGCACCCUCUCUCAGCCCUCUAGUUCAGUCUUACCCGCUCAGUUCUUAAUCACACUGAUUGUAAUCAGGCCAGAAUGCCAAGGGGCCAAAUGGCAUCCAAUCUGCAGAAUUGGACAGGCAGUGAAAGGCAGCUUUGGUGUAUUACAAUCACAAAUUGCUGUUGUGCAAUAUGUACAUGCACAUUCUGCUAAACUCUUCAGCCCCGUUUUCCAGGGCAGAACAUUUAAAGUCUUUUAUUUACGCUUAAGUCUUUUGGACAUUGUAAAUCUUAACUGACAGAAGAUAGUCUUAAAGCAGAGCACGCCCUUUGGGUUUCUGCAGUGUGUUCAUCAUUAAGUCUUAAGAGAACACCCAGUUUAUCUGGAUGUUUUUGGCCAGUUAUGCAAAGUGUUGGUUAAGGAAAAAAAAAGAAGAAGAAGUAAAUAACAAAAUAUGGCAUUUAUUUGACAAAUCUUCCUGUCAAAAAAUUUGUGGAUAUAUAUUGCCUAUGCACUUGGAUAAUUUAGCAUUUAAACCGAAUUAUUUUGACAUUAUUUAAAUAUAUGCUUCAACUAGUCGAUCUGAAAACGUAGAAAGACAAAUCUGCCGGAUGUGGCAAUUUCAAUCAUUUUGCUUUGAUUGGAUCUGUUUUGAGCACUUGAAAAAGAAAAAAAAACAAUCAAGUCAAUACGUUUAGACUCAUGCUGCUAAUGUGUCCUUUGUAUUCAAAUAGGCAGUCCUGCAGCUCAACUAAAUCAUGCGGUAGAACAGAUCUCAUGUUGUUUCCAUGUGGAAGGACAGCCAAGAAGCAGCUAGCGGUCAGGGCCUCUUGUUUUAGACUUUGGCCCUACUGAAAGCUCCAGCAGGGCAUGAGUGCCAUUCACCUCUAUUUACCUGACCUCUGCCCAGCGCACACCCUGCCUCAAGGGGCUGCCAUCUGGCUCCCAGCAUCGGCCCAUGCCCAAGAGAAGGUACCAAACAAUGGAGACGAGGCCCGUGUGGUUUAUUGUACUGUCUCUCCAUCAAAGUUUACGCGAAAGGCCGCGGCCAGAAGAUGCCCAUGAGGUGCUAGCGAGCAGAUGGAACAAGUAGAUCAAGCUGUGGGGGAUUAUUAAAAUGACUGACGAGUCGGUAUCAUAUGAAAUACAGCAUUAUUAAUGCAUGAGUCCCGCUAUUUUCCCUUUGCCCUUGAACCUGCCUGUUUCAUCAAUAACCUAGAGAUUAGAAUAGACAGUAAAUGUCAUAGCGAGGCUGCUGGUCACUGUAUUACCUCCAAAGGUCUAAAAGGUACCAAUGGGUAUUAAGCGCUUAUUUCUCCAGCAGUUAAAGCAUUAACUCUUAUACUUAGCCCCCCUCUUUGAAAAGCAUGUACUUAAUUCGUAGAAGUUUUGAGCAGUUCUCUAGAAGCUUGUAUUCGUACCUUUAUUUUGUUUGUUUUGUUUUAGUUUGUUGUAAUUUUCACAUAAGGGACAGUACUUGGCUGGGUGUCCCUUGACAUCCACAUUCAUUCUGUUUUUUGUUUUUUUUUUCACUGCUUAUAAUGCAAUGUUUACUGUUUAAAGCUGUUAUAUCUGUUUGCUGGUGGAUUGGUUGAUUUGUACGUGAUUUGUACAUAUUUCCUUGACCAUGAUAAGCCAGUUCUGUAGGCUGGUAGUAGACAAAAGGACUGUUGUUGGGACUGAAACUUGAUUGCGCUUGUAUAAGUCUAAAAAAAAAAAGAAAAGAAAAAAAAAAGACAAUUUCAAUCUCACACAGAGACAAUGAUUCAUAAGUGUUACAAGCACUGGAUAUAAAUGGUAUUUUUAUCAAUUCUGACUAAUGUGAAGCUGUUGUGCGAGAAAAAAAAAGAAAGAAAAAAAAUCUACAUGAACAAGUCACCUGUUUGGACUCAUGUGAGCACACCUCACAGUUGCCAGAUUUUAGUCAUUUUUCUUUCAACAUUUUUUGUUUAUUUAUGCAAAGACACGUGAUGAAUGAACACUUUGUUUAAGCUCCAGUGCUGCCUAGGGGAGAAAGAGCAGUAUACUCGACAGAGAGGCUCAUGUAGUGACUGGCCAACUGAGACGCACCGGACUUCAGUAGCACAUUUUAAUGGUCAUGUAUGUUUGUGUUGUAUAUUGUAUUUGAAGCUCUCUAGUGCGUAUAGACAUUUAUUGUAUUUAUUAGCCAUUGUUGGCUCUAAAAGUGUCAGUAGAACAUAAUUAAAGGACAAUCAGAGAACAAGAAUAAAAAAAGUAAAAUUUUAAACCGAAUUGGAGCUCAAAACUGUUUCUUUUUCUUUCUUAAAAAAUUAUUUUGCCAUCUCAUCAGUUUUUUUUUCUCUUUACAUUGUAAAUAUAACAUAGGAAAAUAGAAUUCUAUUUUUGUUCACGGAUACUUGUACUGAAGUAUAAAUUAUGUAUUUUACUUUUCAUUUUUUGUGUAUGUUGUUGGUCAUUGUAAAAAAGAAAAAAAAAAAAGAAAAAAAUAAUCACAAACUGACAAUUCACUGUACCUCAUGUAGUUGCUGAAUGCGCACCCCUGUUGAUUGAGUAGUAUUGGACAGACAGCUGAGACACCCGGGCAUCUCACUUUCAUGUGUUUCAGUGAUGAACUUCGCACUCCAUGCUGAGUUAUCCAGCCAUUUCCUAUUACAUUCUGGCUUCCUUCUAUGUUGUAAGUGCAUUCUGUAGCAAAGGACAAAUCUUCAAAUCAAUGCACGUAAUAAUUUUUCUUUCUUUUUUUUUUUUCUAAAUGCAGAGGUACUUGAUGAAGUUUUAAUAAUUGGUUAUGUGCCAAAUUUGGAUGAGAGAAUAUGUAAUUGCAGGGCAUAAUUUGUGCCAUAUCAUACAGCAUCAUUUAAAAACACACCUGAGCAUAUUGUCCAUUGGGUAUGUGCAAAUAUUUAUUUGUUUUUUAUGCUGCACAAUGCAGAUCCACUCUGUGCAUUUGAGGUUCUCAUACAGUAUUUUUCUCUGUGUUGUUUCAUAAUGUUUAAUAGAACUUUUCCCAUCCAGCCAAGAGCAACUAAGACUAUAAUACAUAACUUUCACUGCCAUAUUAAUGCAAAGUAGGUACAAUAACUGAGGAUAAAGUGUGGGGGUUUCUAUUUAUCUUACUGUAAUGCUUUUUUUUUUAAUUAUUAUUAUUUUUUUUUUGUUUUUGGUAUGGACAUUUGUGAUGUAUAUUGUGGGAUAGUUUUUGUUAAUUUAAUCAGCACAUUUCACUGACAUGCUGGACUGACAUGCUAGCUGCUGUUCAGAAGAAUACAAUUUUGCUGUCAGAGGCAACAUAUGUUGUUGUCAAUGGUACUUUGCUUUUAGAUUUCUGUUGUCUUUAAAGAAACAUUGUGUUUAGCUCCUCUUUCGCUAAGGACACUCUUAUUUUGAAUUCUGCUAGCAGCCUGAUAACAUUUUUCUUUCAUUUUGUCUGUGUGCUUGUGCGCGCACACGCGCGCGUGUGUGUGUGUGUGUGUAUAGAGACCGGUUUCUCAGCAGGUACAUACACCCAUGGCAGGUAUUAAUUUUCAGGCAUUAAAGAUAGUAUAGUAUAUGUUGCUGCUUUUGAAAAAAAAAAAAAAGUUUUAAUCCUGAAAGUGUAAAUAGUUUAUCAUAAUAUCUUGUACAGUCCAGUGUAAAGUUUUUAAUUGAACUUAAAAAAGUUUGCCAUCACAUUUGUGUUCACAUUCUUCUUUAUACAGUACAAAAGACAGCUAUUUGCUAAGGAUAUUAUUGUUUAAAAAAAAAAAAAAAAAAAAAAAGGUACUAAAAAUAUUUUUGCUUGGCUUUAGUAUGUAAACCAGCAAGCCAUUGGUUUCCAUGUGCAGUAUUGACGUGAGGUAAACUAAUUAAUGCUACAGUUGUAUGUCCAGAGACUAGUCUUCUCUGUAAUGGUAGUGUUAUUAUAUCAAAUAAAAUAAACCAGAUGAAUGACACAUUUCGGUGUAUUUAGACACCUUAGUGGAUUGUACAAAUAUCUAGGUUGUCUCCCCACAAGCAGCAUUUGGCAUAUUGUAAUGUAACACAUUUCUACAGUAUAUUCUCAAUUCACUGAUGUACGACGGCAGAUGAGGGUGUUCCUGCCUGUUUGCUUAUUUACCUCAAGAGUUCCUCUUUUUCCAUAUAAGAUAGACUACACACACAUGUAUGACAAAAUCGUCUCACCAUCAUUCAAUCUUUUGUACUGCUGUUGACACUUACAAAUUAAAGAGACAUUUUGUUUUA